UUUCCAUUUUUCUCACACCUUCAGGCUUCAUGCCGCACCUCAAGUAGCGUAUAUAAUCACCCGACUAAACUGUUGAGUUCAUUUCACUCUCAGAAUCGAGACUUGAGAGUAUCUCGACCCUCACUUUCCGGCGAGCUGACGCCUGAUCCUUCAUCAUCGUCUCCGUCGCCGGCGAUAUCAGGCCGGUAACCACCACUUUAUCAUCAAUGAUUCUGUAAUUGCUCUCUAUAAAUCUCUCUAACGAUGGUCGGUUACAGGAGGCAUUUUCUUCCUCUCUUCCUCCUCGUCUCUGUUUCAAUCCUCUUCUUCUUCACUUACUUCUACUCCUCCAUUCCCCCUUCCUUCCCUUCUAACCCUAACCCUGAUUUCGCCCUCACCGGGAGAAUCUCCGAUCCUAAAACCUCUGCUUUCACUCUAAUCGUGAAGGUUCUUGCUUACAAUCGCCUCGAGUCUGUGUCCCGCUGCCUUCGGUCUAUCGCCAAUGCGGAUUACCUCUCCGACCGCGUCCAUCUCCAUGUCUACAUUGAUCAUUUUCCUCAUGAUGAUGCUCAUAUCAAGCUCAACGAGUCGCAUCGGAUCUUGCAAUUCGUUGAUCAAUUUGUUUGGAAUUUUGGGGAGAAGCUAGUUCAUUAUCGGACUGGGAAUGUGGGAUUGCAAGCGCAGUGGUUGGAGGCUUGGUGGCCGAGCUCUGACAAUGAGUUUGCAUUCGUUGUGGAGGAUGAUUUGGAGUUGUCGCCGCUUUAUUAUAAGUUCCUGAGGAGUUUAAUUCUGAAUUAUUAUUAUAAUACUUCGAAUUAUGCUCCUUCGAUCUACGGGGCUUCACUGCAGCGACCAAGGUUUGUUCCAGGCAAACAUGGUAAUAAAAUAAGGCUAGAUGAAGGAACCAGAAUUUUUUUGUACCAAAUAGUUGGUACAUGGGGUCAGCUUCUCUUUCCCAGGCCUUGGAAGGAGUUUAGAUUGUGGUAUGAUGAGCACAAAGCGAUGGGCAUCAAGCCAAUACUUGAUGGCAUGGUGACGACAGGAUGGUACAAAAAGCUGGGUGAAAAAAUAUGGACUCCUUGGUUUAUUAAAUUUAUCCAUUCUCGCGGCUAUUUCAAUAUCUACACCAAUUUCUUACAUGAAAGAGCACUGAGUACUUCUCACAGGGAUGCUGGUGUAAAUUAUGGGAAAACAGCUGGUCCUGAUUCACACUUACUGGAUGAAAGUUCACUCGAUUUCAAUCUCCUAGAGAUGAAGCCUCUAACCAAUCUGAAGUGGUAUAAUUUCUGCUUUAGAGAAGUUAUUCCUCAAAGAAUUGUUAAAAACAAGAGUGAGCUUGUUUCUGUUCUUCACUCUGUUCAGAAACACAAAAACAUAAUCAUUGUGAGCAUAUUUGGGGUUUCAGAGUCCACGAUAAGGAAUUUCCUUUGUCACUUUGAGAGGUUGAACAAAAAGAACUAUAUUUUGUUGGGCCACGAAUCUGAGUUACUCAAUGACCUAACAAGAAGAGGACACCCAGUGAUUUAUGCAGACCCGUUUCUGAAGACUCUCAAAACUUUCAAAUUUACAGCUUUUGAAGGCACCACUACAGAACUUAUGAAGUUAGUUCUAGCAAAGUUCUACAUUAUUAAGUCAUGCUUAGAACUUGGGUACAAUCCUGGGUUGGUAGAUGGAAACAUGCUUUUUGUCAAUGGUGAUCCAUUCGCAGACUCAAGUCUUGCUGGCAAUGUCGUUUCCGGGCAGAGCUUUGAACUUUUCUUCAUUAAAAGCUCAUCCUCUGCUCAAAAGAUGUGGACUAGUCAUAUGGUCGCCGAGGCUGAAGCCAUGGUAGAGUCUUUGAUGAGUAGAGGUUCCUCGUCAAGAGAUAGCAUUAGUUUUGUGGGCAUAGCAACUAAAUUAUUAGAAAAACAUGGCGUUGAGUUCAAGAUAGCUGAGGAGAUGAGCUUUGGUGUGAAUAUUGGUAACAGUCCUAGCAACACAUCAUUAGGUGAUGGAAAAAGGUUGGUGUUUUGGCCAGUUGACAUGGAUAUGAAUGACGUACAGAAACGGCUUGAGGAGUUGGGCUUUUGGAUUAUUGAUGGUGAUCUUUCUUGCAAAGGUGUUUACUGUAAUGGAUUGUAGCGUUCUAUCUUUAGUAAUGCCCAAUCAAUAUUCAUGAAUUCUAUACACGUUCGAUAAUUAUUUAGAUCUCAUUUAGUAA